AUGCUUCUGGCACUGGUCACACUUCCUCUUGUAGCAUUUGGGCAUUCUCCGAUCGGCACGAACGGGGAGAGAUUCCGUGGCAAUGGCCGAAGACUCUGGAAUUUAGCAGCUCAGGAGAGUCACAUCUGGGGGCGCUGUGACGAGUGGGACUGGAAAGUGACUGGCUGCGAACUCAAUUCACAAUACAAGUGCAAUGCCUACAACUCUCCAGGUCCUGAUACGCAUGACAUGGAGAUCACCUUGGGCAACCUGACGCCAUCAACACCCGAUAACCCAGUUCACUUGGCAUGGUGGGCGCCCAGAAAAUCGCAGACGGCGUGGAACCCUCAUCUGAACUUGGCAGGAUGUGCGGUCUACCCACAUAUGAACUUUGCAUAUCCCAAGUACGAUGAUGAGGACUUCAAUGGAGGCAAUCUCCAGGUUGGCAGCAAUGGCCAAGUCACCAUCCGCUUUCGAGCACCGUCGACAUAUUUUGUGUCAACCUGGAUUUCAGUGCCACAUGUGCACCUCCGACUUUGCAGCAAUGACACCUUCGCGCAUACCACACAAGAUGCCAUUGUCUUCGUGAAGGACGGCCCCGAACUCGUCGCUGGAGAGGCAGGUUCCCAUCUGCAAAUCCUGGACUACAAGAACUUAUCAUAUGCAGAGAAGACUGGAGUGGGCAAUGUGAGUGACCCAAGAAUUGUUGGUGUUCUUGUUUGGAGGAAGGGCGGUGGGGUGACCACGACACCCAUGCCGGGUUCAUUGAUUGAAGAGAUCAUUGAUGAAGAGAUGACGAAAAUGAAUUGGGAUGCCUUGGAAUUCUCCCCGAUCUACCAGUGCUUCAUGGAGGACAAGCUCUUUGAUCACUUCACAGCUCAGUGCACUCAGAACUGCGCUGGGGAUGCGGAGGUGGCACGUGGGCAGUGUGUGCGACCUGCAAAAGAGAAGCUCCAGGAGGCAGUUGCCACGUGGAAAAUGCAGGUGCAGUGCAAUGAGGCGUGCUGGAAUGAAUGGAAAAACAAGACCCUGCAUUACACAAGGCUGGCAGUGGCAGACAUGUUAGACAUCCCUUUCCAGGAAGUGGAGAAAGCCGCCCUGACUUUUCACAGCUCUGUUGCAGGGCGUCGUCUCCAGACAUCACGAUCAGCAACCUUGCAGGCAUACAUUAAGAGCAAGCGCCUCAAGCUGACUGAGAUAAACACCUUGCUCCUGGAAGUCUUUGCCUCUCCGGCUGUUGCUAGCGUACAGCGGAAAUCCUAG